GUCAAAAUGAAAUGGGGGCAUUUCCUCACAUUCAGCAGAUGGAAUCGGUCAACAAGAGGUACACUCUAUAUUGCAUCUCCUCUCUCAUUUCAGUCAACACGAUGUUGCCUUCAACUAUUCACCAUCGCCAUCUCUCUUUAACAUUCCCCCCUUCUUUCCUCUCUUAAAUCCAGAAAACCCAGAUGCCCUCUUCAACCUCCGUCCUCCAGAAAACCCAUAUGCCCUUCCUUAUCUCAGACUUCUCAUUUUCUCCCACCGACCCAGUUAAGGUUCCACAUCUGCCCUCCUCCGCCUACGUCUCUAACACCGAACCACCUCCUUCAAACGAUGCGCUGUUUGCUACCAUCUACUGCCACCGGCCACCAACACACUUCCGCCGUUGCUACACGUCAUUUCUGUUCAUUGUUGAUAUAAACUUGAAGACACAUUCAAAUCAGUGCCUCUCCAUCAAUGAUUAUCGUCUAAACCUCCACCGCCGACCAAAAAGAAGUCAUUUUUGCAUUUGGUUCAUCAGAACCACUGUACCACUGCCAUUCUCUGCUCAGUUAUUGAUUUCUUUCGAGAACAAGAAGGCUAGAAAGUCACAGCCAUUAACCGCCCUCUUCACCCAGGUAAACAAAUUUCACCAGCAACAAGUAUCACUAGACACUUUUAUAUGACUUUUUGCAAUUGGGGAAUUACUUCAAUUCUAUUCAAUGGCUGUUUGACCUAACCCAAUCAAGUUAUGGUACUUCCUGCUAUUGAAGCAUUUAAAUAAGUCAUGUUGCAAAAUUUCUCAUGGGAACCUGCUACUAAACAACCACCACCAUCGAUUUUAUCUUUAAGCAAGGCCUUGAUCGAUUCCUAUUUCUUGGUAUGAUUGCAAUAGCAAUAGAGGGUUGGAUUGAUGAUGGAAGUAUAAUUGCAGGUCAAUGGUGGAAAGUGGACUACAGAAUGGUUAGAGAAAAUAUGAUUGAAAAAGUAUGGGACAGUUAUCAUGAUGUCAAAUUGAAAUAUAGAAUCUUGAUAUGGUAAACUUUGGGCAUUGUAGUUUGCAAUCUGACUCCCAAAAUCACUAAAUCCUCUAGAUCAUGGAACUUCAAGCAUCUGAAAGAGGAUGAUUACAUGGAAGCAAUUGAUGAUAAAUGAUUCGAUGAUAAGUGAAAGAGUUGGUGAACGGUUACAAGGCUUAUGAAAAAACAACAGCACUCAAAGAAUUAACAGAUCUUUUGAAAAAACUGGCCAUGGGCAAAAAUGUCAACACCAAAAAUGCACCAGAACUAGCUAUUGGGUUACGUGGAUAUGCACAAAGAGAUCUGUUGAUUGAGUUUUAUUGAGAUGAUGACACAAAUAAGAAGUGUCUUAAGUGGUUAUCAUCUAUCUAAACUUACAUAUAGGACCUACAAAAACAAUAUAGUUUUGUUGAACUUUUUUAAAAUAUUUCUGUAUAUUCUCAUAUUUUCUCUUCAAUUCCUUUUCUUUCUUAGCGUUCCCACCCAUACAACGUAAUUGGAUAAGUCCAUACUUGAUUUACAAAC